GACAGUGUGGCGGCACGGCCAGACCCCAGUACGCUGCUGAUUUGUUUCCAAGAUAGCUUUCUGGAGCGAUAUUUCAAAUUACUAAAGCGAGUGGUAGGAGGCCUUGACUGUUAUGUCUCUUCCGAAAACGUCCUCCACAUUGCUAACCUCCUUGUCAACACCUGAGGGCAAGAAAUUAAGAGUCUCUGCAUCCAAGGAGGAGACAGUACUUCCUGAACUAAAGGAGAAAAAAAAUAUGGUGGAUCGUUCAAAACCCCUUCCUACAUCCCUUCAGAAUGAGUUCAUCCCUGAGGAAGUUCUUCUUUCUCUGACCUAUGCAGCCAAUGCUGGUCCUUGUCCUGAAAACUUACUGCCCCCUAAGAAAACUAAAACCCCAAAGGGUACACUUCUGCGUCCGGCUGACCAAGUCUGGUAUCACCCCAUCAGAAGAAAUAAGUUCAAAUACCUGAUUGACCAUCCUGUUUCCUUAACUAGUGCUGGAAGGGAUAUUUCUUUUCUGUACGAUGUUAAAUAUGUUAAAGGAGAGGCCAGGGAGAGUUCGCUUUGUCCCCCACGUUUGGAACGUUCAUUACAGUCACAUGAUGGUGUCAUUGUGCCUCAUAAGCCAAAGAAACUAACAGAUACUUUGCUUCCUGAAGAAUUUCAUAUUGUGUCAAAUACAGGAGUUUCAGGUUUGGAGUGUUAUGAUGACAAAUAUACUACUCUCCUCACAGAUAGUGAAAACAGGCUAUUGCUCUUCCCAUCCAUGAAACCUAAUAAAAGAGUAGAAGUGGUCCAGCUGAAUGAUGUGAUGGAUGCUAUGCUAGAGAGGGCUGGUGUGGAAAAUCAGGAAUAUACAGGGCCAACCAAGAUGCACAAACUACUACAUGUAUUGAGGAAGGAACAGACCAUUUACAAUACAGUAUUUCAUGAACUUAUUCGACAAGUCAGUGUGGAUUGUGCAGAUAGAGGAGAACUACUGUCCAAAAUCAGAGAGCGGUAUGUACAAAUGCUUGACCAAAUUGCCCGGCAGAUGAUUGAUUUCUACAAAGACUUGGUAACUCAGCGAAUGAUGGACCAGCGCAUUUUAGAAGAACUGUACAAUUUUAAGAAUGUUAUUGAAGAACUGACCAGGGAGCUGUGUCUGGUUCGGGCUCAUGAUAUGAAAUUAACAAAGGAAGCAGAGAAAGCCCACAAGGAUUUGGCACAAGCUCUUCUAGAUGCUGAAAAGAAUGCUAGGAUUGUAGAAGAAUACCAUGACUUAUACACAUUGCAAAGAGGAAGGAUGGAGAGUGAUAUUAAACAGUUAAUGGCAGAAAGAGAUCUCUGGAGCUCAGCCACAUAUGAAUUGGCCCUAAAGGCAAUUGAAAAAAAUAGAGUCAUAUUGGCUAAAAGACUUUACCUCAAUGAAAAAGGUUGGAAUAAAUAUGCUAAGCAUUUCAUCAUACUGCUGUCAACCAAGGACACUGCAGACCUUGCACUAUUGCAGAAGUUGACACAGAAAUGGAGAAGCUCAAUGAAUAGAUUUAAAAAGGAAGUGGAACAAAAUGAAGAGUCUACAAGGGAGAAAUUACAAACUGUUAAGGAUGGUCUUAUCACAUGGCAGGAGUUCUUCAGAAAUGAUGGAAAAGACAUUUCAUCUCCUAGUAAAGAAAACAUAUUCGAAUCCAUUAUUUCAGAUUUCAAGCAGUGGCAAAUGAUGUUGAAUGAAGAUAAAGACAAGUAUACUGGGGAUUUUCUAGUGUCAAAAUAUGAUUCUCUCAAGAUUAUUAAACAUUUACAAGAAAACUGGACAGAUGUUGGGUUUGGGAUAUUGAAUCGCCAUAAAAGUAUGGAGGGGGAGAUGCCACCAGAGCAAGAGCACAUGAAGGAAAUUGUGAAAACCAUAGGAAGACUCUACAAAGAAUUUGAAAUAAGAAUAAAUGGGGAUAAUGGUAUUUCUAAAAUUAUUCCAAGUUUGGUUAGUUCUCUAGAAUUCUGUUCUUUCAAGUUGGCAAAUGUCCUGGAGUUUCCUGAAAUGCUUCAUGAAGAAUGGGAAGGAGUUAAUGAAAAAGUUAAUGAAAUGAAAUCUCAGUUGGAUGCAUCAAUAAACAUUAUUGGUACCGUUCCUCAGUAUAUGGAUGUGGAUUCUGGCCCGGUACUCCAAGCACAAAUAUUUAACAUGAUUCAACAGUGGCUUUUGAAGAUAAGCAAUGAGAUGAACAAUGGUAACAUUGAACUUCAGCGCCAUAUGGAUGAAUUGCAUAUAUCUAUGAUCCAGUGGAUGGUAAGCUUGCUGAUUUUAAUGGUGCCUGACUGUACUGACCAAAACACUCUCCCAAAUUUGAGGAAAGAAAGUGCUGAGAAACAUGAUCUAGGAGUUGCAAAGUUAGAGCUAGAUGCGAUUGCACUGGCCAGAAAGUUGGCGCAAUAUUCCAGCUAUUUGAGCAGCUGUUGCAAAGGGCUGGUAACAGCUAUGGCUCUGAAUAAGGCAGGUCACUUAGAAAAAAAUCCUGCUAAGGAACUUCGGGAGCUGGAUGAGAUGAAGAGAGAAUGUUAUGAGUGGAUCACCACAUGUUCUCACCUCCUUUCUGGGAUCAAAGGCAGAAAAAUAAAGUUACUGACAAAGGAAGAAAAAGAACACCUACUUGGAGAAGAGGAUUUUAUAAAAGAAUUAAUUGAACCUGACAUAGACAGGCCUUCUAGAGAGGAGGAAGAAGAAAGUAUGGAGGAUAAUUUUAAGAUGCAAAGGGAAGAAGAGGAGAAGCCUUCAACAUCCAAGGAGGAGGAAAAACUCAUUAGAAUAAUUGAAAAAGAUGAAAAUAUUCAUUCCAAACCUCUAUUUGAAGCAAAUAUAUUCUCUUCCUGGAGAGAAUCAGCGAAUCGAGGUACAUUGGCCCCAAAGUAUCUUGAAGCAAUGGCUAUCAUUGAACGCACACAGGAGAAGUUAUUAGAGGUUGAAAGCAGAGCCAGACAAGCAGAGGAGAAGUUUGAGGAUGUAAAUGAGAAACUUCAUUAUACCCUUAUAAGAAAUAAAGAACUGGAGAGAGAAUUAGAGGCUAUUUUGAUGAGGUCUAGAGAGAAGGAGUUUGAAGGAAGAGAAGAAGAAAAUGAAGGAGAAAGAGAAGAUGGAGAAGAUGAAGAAGAUGAUAAUAAUGAAGAAAUCAGACCCAUAGAACAUUCCCCAAAAUCUCUAAAGAAAGGUGAGUGCAAUAACCUGCCCUCAGGCAGUUCUCAGUAA